AUGUCGACUGCCGAACUUGCCUCGUCGUACGCGGCGCUCAUUCUCGCUGAUGAUGGGGUUGCGAUCACGGCCGACAAGCUCCAGACGUUACUCAAGGCUGCUAAGGUCGUCGAUGUCGAACCCAUCUGGACGUCGCUUUUCGCCAAGGCUCUCGAGGGCAAGGAUGUGAAGGACUUGCUAUCGAAUGUCGGCUCGGGCGGCGGUGCGGCAGCAGCAGCAGCCGGCCCCGCUGCUGCUGGCGGCGCCGGUGCCGCGGCGGAGGAGGCCAAGGAGGAAGAAAAGAAGGAAGAAGAGAAGGAAGAGUCGGACGACGACAUGGGUUUUGGCCUUUUCGACUAG